CCCCUCACCAUGCCGACCGCCGCCGAGCAGAACGCGGCCAGCACCGCGGCGCUGCGCUCGCGCACCGCGCAGCUCAAGGCGCAGCGCAAGGACAACGACGGCGCCGCCGCCGCCGCCGCGGGCAGCGCCGACAGCACCGACGCCCGCCCCAUCCGCCACGGCUACUUCAACGUCGACAUGCGCGACGAGCAGAUCGUCGGCGGCGGCAAGGAGCGCGCCCUCAUCCACUACGCGCCCGGCAUCAACAUCAGCGAGAAGGGCAAGGAGACGGACAAGAAGCUCGACCUGCACGACGACUGGGAGUUUGGCGGGCCGUGGGGCGUCACCGCCAUGAUGACGCUCUUUCCCGUGCUCAUGUACUACCUCUGGAUCUGCCUCUGGUUCUACGACGGCUCGCUCGUCAUCCCCAAGAGCGCCGACGACGCGUGGCCGUUCCUGCAGCGCAUGGGCGCCCACGUCUACCACGACGCCUAUCCGAGCCGCCGCGCCUUUGCCGGCUACGGCGGGCUCAUGCUCUUCCAGUUCGCGCUGGCGUACGUCAUGCCCGGCUACGAGCAGGAGGGCCUGCCCGUGCCGAGCCUCAACUACAAGACGCUCACGUACAAGUGCAAUGCGCUCUCGUCGUUCUACGCCACGCUCGUGACGUGUGCGGCGCUGCACCUCUCGGGCGUGUACCGCCUGACGCAGAUCAUCGAGCACUUCGGCGAGUACAUGACCGUGUCGAUGAUCGCCGGCUUUGCCGUGUCCUUCGCCACGUACUUCCACGCCGUCCUCACCAACUCGGCGCACCGCAUGAGCGGCAACUUUGCCUACGACCUCUUCAUGGGCGCCGCGCUGAACCCGCGCAUCGGGCACGUCGACCUCAAGAUGUGGGCCGAGGUGCGCAUCCCCUGGGUGCUCCUCUUCCUCAUCUCCGUCAGCGGCGCGUGCAAGCAGUACGAGGUGUACGGCUACGUGACGCCGAACAUGGCCUUCAUGGUGCUCGCCACCGGCCUCUACAUCAACGCCUGCGCCAAGGGCGAGGAGUGCAUCCCGCAGACGUGGGACAUGUUCCACGAGAAGUGGGGCUUCAUGGUCAUCUUCUGGAACUUUGCCGGCGUGCCGUUUACCUACUGCUACUCGAUCGUGUACAUGGCCGCGCACCCGCCGCACUACUACAAGUUCUCGACGCCGACGUACGUCUUCCUCUACGCGCUGCUGCUCUUUGUGCACUGGGGCUUCGACAGCAGCAUGGCGCAGAAGAGCCGCUUCCGCAUGGGCCUGCAGGGCACGCUCAAGGUGCGCUGGACGUUCCCGCAGUGGCCGUGGAGCACGCUGCAGGAUCCGCGCUACCUGCAGACGGAGCACGGCAACGCGCUCCUCAUCGACGGCUGGUGGCAGUUUGCGCGCAAGAUCAACUACACCUUCGACUGGACGCAGUCGCUCACCUGGGGCCUCAUUGCUGGCACCAACUCGGCGAUCCCGUACUUCUACCCGCUCUUCUUCCUUGCCGUGCUCACGCACCGCUGCGGCCGCGACUUUGAGCGCUGCGAGAAGAAGUACGGCAAGGACUGGGAGAAGUACUGCAGCAUUGUGGCCUACCGCUUCAUCCCCUACGUCUACUAGGCGCGCUGCCCUCACGGGCCAGCAGGAGCGUGGCCCUCGCCGCAUCCACCGGCGCGUCUCAUGCUGUUCG